CAGGAUUCGGCGACUUCACGCUUGCGUAGUGCGGCUCCAACGCUGAUGCAAGAACUGUUCGGCGCAGCGGUGUGGGACUGAUCGAGGGACAGAAAGUAGCCACAGUUCAGACACUCUUCAGCCCGCAAUCAUGUCAGGAGACGAGAUGAUUUUCGAUCCCAACAUGACCAAGAAGAAGAAGAAGAAGAAGAAGCCCUUCAUGCUGGAUGAGGAAGGAGGAGAGGGAAUGGGAGGAGAAGAGGCUAAAGAGGUGGAGGCGAAGGAGGCAGAACCAGAAGCUGGAGACGACAAGGAGAUGGAUCUAGAUGAAGAUGAAGGCAGGAAGAAAGAGCCGUCUGAUGAUUUGAACGACCUGAACUUCUUCAACCAGAAGAAAAAGAAGAAGAAACCCAAGAAAGUGUUUGAUAAUGAUAUUGAGGAGGGAUUAAAGGAACUGAAAAUUGAAGGAGAGCAGACGGAGGUGCUGGAGGAGGACAACCUGGACCUGAUGCUCCCUACCAAAAAGAAGAAGCCAAAGAAAGUGGACUUCGAUGAGGGAGAGUUACUGGAGAAGGAUGACGCACUGGAGGACGACGAAGGGAAGAACAACGAUGGAAUCUCAUUCAGCUCCUCCACAGGACCCGCCUGGGCCGGCACUGAAAGAGACUACACUUACGAUGAGCUCCUGAACCGAGUUUUCAACAUCAUGAGAGAGAAGAACCCGGACAUGGUGGCCGGAGAGAAGAGGAAGUUUGUGAUGAAGCCUCCUCAGGUGGUCCGAGUGGGAACCAAGAAAACCUCCUUUGUCAACUUCACAGACAUCUGCAAACUGUUGCAUCGUCAGCCUAAACAUCUCCUCGCUUUCCUGUUGGCUGAGCUGGGAACAAGUGGUUCUAUAGACGGAAAUAACCAGCUGGUGAUCAAAGGCAGAUUUCAACAGAAACAGAUAGAAAAUGUGUUGAGAAGAUAUAUCAAGGAGUACGUGACGUGUCACACUUGCCGCUCCCCAGAGACCAUCCUGCAGAAGGACACUCGCCUCUAUUUCUUGCAGUGUGAAACGUGCCACUCCCGGUGCUCCGUCGCCAGCAUCAAGACCGGCUUCCAGGCUGUGACGGGCAAGAGGGCGCAGCUCCGCGCCAAAGCCAACUAAAGACCACCUAAACUGGGCUCCCCCUCGUCUCUCGGCCUCCCCUUUCCCCCCCUCAGAAGGGUCGAAGCUGAGGUUGGACGCCCCCUUGAUUCGCUAAAAGGACUCUCUGAAUCGAACUGCGGGAGGGUUUGGCUGUUGUGUAGUCGUGUCGUGGCCUCACCAGGCAGGGAGUGAGAGAGUAUCUAACGCUGACAGAUGGGGUUCAGACACUGUAAGCAGAUGAUGUGUACCACAUACACUGUUGGAUGCAUUUGAUUUGUUGUCUGGCUGAUGAACCCUCCACCACCUAGGUUGAUUUUUUUUUUUUCUUCUUUUUUUUUCUUCUCCAUUUGCUGUGAUUCUUGAUUCCUGCAAGAAAAUCCUGAUUAAUAUAGCUUGAAUUCUCCCUCCUUCUUCUCCCACUUUACACACACCAGACAUGAAUAUUUCCUAGGAUAAGGAAUACAUUUCUCCAUGCAACCAGCCAAAUUGUAGUAAAGUUAAGUUGAUCUGCUAAUUGCAGCCGUGUGGCUCAUGUGGUCACCUCUUUAUUCUUUAAUUCCAUGUUGCUUAAACUAAAGGCUGUGUUCCUGUUUCUGGUCUGGCCUCAAAUCACAAAACUGCUGGUCCAGAAUUUGUUGCCCUAGCUUAUCAAAGAUAAAACUCAGUCACCAGGCUGGAGUUCAUAAAGGAAGGUUUAUCACUGUAACGAGUCUGACUGACUCCUUUUUGAUCAUUUUAUAGCAGGAGAUGACCACAAAGCCAGGCAGCUAAGGGCUGAUAAAGGGGAAAACACCGUCUCACGACUUUUAAUAGAGAGCUUGUGUGUGGGACAGACAUAGAAAUCAUACAGUGUGUUUGUGAGUGCUUUUGUGGCAUUGAUGAGCAGUUGUGUACUUGGUUAUUUCUUUCUGACACAUUUGAUAAAACACUUGAGAAUCGGUUAAAAGGACCUAAAAAAAAAUAACUGAAUUAAUUUUGCCAACAAGAGCAGUUUUCCUGAGCCAAUGCCAGCCCCCUAACACAAACACCCACAUGCUUCCCCCUAUAAACAGCUUCUGAGCAGGCACCUCAGAUCAGUCUCUAACAGGACAUUAUUUUCAAGUGUGAUUACAGAAAUUUACACCACAGGCUAGCCAGAAUACGGAGAGUUUAAGACCAGUGAUACUAUAUACAUGAUAUUGGUUCUGUUCUUGUUAGAGAAGAAUGUGGAUAAGGAGGUCUGGUUUGAAUCAUUUUAAAACCUGGUUUUUACAAAAAUAAAAUAUUCUACUCUCUCUCUC